UAUGAAAACUGUCCGCGUGUUUCGUAAAAAUCAUGUUUCAUUGCCCCAUUUCUGACCCAAGCUAUGGCAAACAAAAGCAGGAUACAGUGUAACAGUUAUCUGUUUCUAUGACCUCAAGAAAAACUAUGAUUUGUAUUGCAAGUACGGUGUUACUGCUGCCCAGGCCUUGUGGUAAAGGCUCUAAUCAAGCCUAAAGACGGAGUGAGUUCAUGGGACCUUCGUUCGCAAUGGCAGAGUAAUUGUGUUCUUCUUGAGGCAGGGCAGCUGGUGGUUGGGGUAGGCCUCGCCUGGGCCCGCCGCCGUAAUGGAUGAUACCGACACAGAACCUGCCGAGACCGAGCCCUUGGUACGACACGGCAGGACGACGACGGGCGUGGGAGGAGGGACUACCCCACCGGGAGACACAGCCAAGCCAGAAGGGGCUUCGUCGUCUUCGUCCUCGGCUUCGCGGACUAACGCUCCGCCUCGGACGCCCUCGAGGCUCCAUUUGGACUCGAAGCCAAGACUCUCGCUCGUGCCUGAGUCCAACGAGAGGAGCCUCGAUGAGGACCAGCAGCAGCCUCCGGAGGGAGGAGGAGGGGGCAGCGCCCCCCUCGCCUCCGCCGGAGAGGGCGACGAGGCCAAGAAGGCGAAGAAGAACCUGGAAUCCCCGACGCCUCUGUGCCCCUUCUUCGGCGUCAGGAACUACCUCCACCAAUUCUACGAGAAACCCGAAGUCAACGAUCCAUCCCUUUACGAGGAUCUGCAGCCGGACGAACAAGUCUACCUGGUGAAGCAAACCGACGGAGGAUGUUCGUCGUCGGUGUUCCGCCUCUCUCUCGUCCUCGGGGGCCUCCUCCUCCUGCUGGGGAUAGUCGCCUUCAUCGUCGCCGCCUGCGCCGCCCGGAGGACCACGCUCAUCAGCCAAACGGGAGGUGUGUCGGUGAUCGACAGAGUCGCCUCUGCCCACAAUGCCCAGGUUGACGCCUUGCUGCUGGUGGGCCUCGUGGCUGUCACUCUAGGCUCCACCGUCGUAGCUGCCGCCCUCAUCUCCCGCACCUUCUGCUCUAGACCCGAGGAGUACUCUUAUCCCUUCCGAGUGGGCCAAUACGUCCUGGAACCCCCAAUUUCGCCCAUCGAGAGAAAGGUCCCCGCCACCGAAAAGUUGACGCAGGUGCAACCGAAUUGGGGAACCAAAGGAUUUCUCCGUUUUCCAUAACCCAAGGACUCCUACCCUUUACCCCGUUCACUGCGCGUCCUUAAAACCAUUCCCUGGAGACUUCUCUUAAAAAUCCUGAACCGCGUGGGUAAACACCUUCCCUUAAAAAUCCUUAAUAUGUUGGCUAAACACCCUCUCUUAAAAAUCCUUAAUAUGUUGGCUAAACACCCUCUCUUAAAAAUCCUUAAUAUGUUGGCUAAACACCUUCCCUUAAAAAUCUUUAAAAUCCCCUGGCUAAACAGCCUCCCUUACCACUCCUAAACCCCAUGGCUAAACACCUUCCCUCAAAAUUCCUAAAACACGUUCCCUUAAAAAUCCUUAAAAUCCCUUCGCCAAACAAGCCUUCGCAUCGUUUUGAAAUCCUGUAUCGAAAAAGAGGCCUCACUGGCACACAAUAUUGACGCCUCUGCCUCACAGGCCUAUUUUGUCAAAGGGGGCCGACUUUAUCAUAAGUACAUUUCUUGAAAUAGGUUUUGACUUAGUCCUUGGCUGCAUGAGAUUGUAUCUUCGCUGCUAAAACAGAGAAAAGCCUUUAUCCUUAGUUUUUUCAUGUGUCUUUAUCCGAGUUUAUCUGAAUUUGCCUUGGGAGAUGAAAACCUGUCAUUAUGGGAUUGAGAAGUGAUGAAUCAUAAGCAGACUAUAAAGAUAGAGUAUGAAGAUAGGAAACCUUUUGCUUAAUCAAAGGAGAAAGAUGAUAUUCAGAAUAUAGUUUCCUUGGAUGGAUGUGAGGUAAUUGUAAGAAGCGCCGUAUAUCUUCGUUGUUAUAAUAUGUGGAAUCAUGUUUCCUCGUGACUUUAAUGAAUAGAGAAUGCUGAGAACAUACAGAUAGUAAACUAGAAAGAAAAAUCAGCGGGAAACUAGUUGAUUCUCUGUCUAAGAAUGCCAAAAUGAAUAGCAGUUUGUAUUGUUCGGAAAUGAGUUUUAUUUUCAAGAAAUAUCAAGUCACUUCUAGCUCAUAGAAAAGAGAGAAGUACAGAGCUAAGAUCAUUUCCAUAUCGGUUUGGAAUCGGCAAUGAUGGAUAAGUAUCUGGAAUUUUGUUAUUUCCCUUUUUGCAACUGAAGAUCAUCGAAAAGACUUUUGUAUCUGAUUUUCCAGAAAGAAGGCAAUUGUUAAGAUAUGCAUUCAGUCGUGAAUGUUAAUGUCAAUAGGCAAGCUUCUAAAAGUUAAGUUGUCCAGAUAUUUUUCCAACAGAGAACGAAGAAUUUAUUUUCGAUGUCCCUCAGUGAAUUCGUAAUUGAAAGUGAAUGUCCAGAGGCGGAAGAGUUAGUUCACCGGAGAGAUUUGGGUAACAACGAAGUUCCAAACGCUGGGAAUAUUUUGGGAAGAAUUUGAUGACAUAGAGGAUAGUGGAGGUUUGAAGGCUGACUCAGCUUGGGAUAUAAUUCCGGAGCUUAUAUAUUGACGCAUAGAAGGCCCAUUCAGAAGCCUUGUCGGGCGUACCCAUGCCCUACCUCUUUAACUGUUAAGGAUAUCCACACUAGAAUUUAACAGCGGAAGACGAACGGAAAAGGACCCACGAAAAAUAAAAGCAACUUUCCACAAAGGGAACAUUUGCUCCCGAACGAGGUCGAUCUGAUUCUCUUUAAGUUGAGCAGAAUGGCGGGCCCCUCCGAAAGAAUUUGCGAGCUCGCGUGGGCGGAGCCUCAUGAAGAGGAAUGCGGAGGAGGAGGUGGGCGAGGAACGUGGGCAGAAAUGAAUAAGGAUAAAAGGAAAAAUGGGGACAAAGUGGAGACGCAAAAAUACUUCAGAUACGCAAGAAGGAUAGAGACGAGAAUAGACGUUAUAAUUGCAGUGAGAAAGAAAGAGGGCAGAAAUAACUGUGUAUUUAAAGCUCAGUAUGAAAUGUGGUCGAUAUAUUCGAGAGAGAGAGAGAGAGAGAGAGAGAGAGAAGAGGUCUCGUAAGACAUUUUGAGGAUUAGGAGAGAGAGAGAGAGAGAGAGAGAGAGAGAGAGAGAGAGAGGGUAACUGUUUUCAACCCAAUAGGAAUCAGGAGGCUGCGUUAGGAAUGGGAACAUGGAAUUAAUUUUUCGUUCUAAAAAUGGGAAAUGAACUAGAUAAACUAAAGAGAGAAUUAUGAGGACAGUAUUGCAAAUGAACAUUAUUUUUUGAGUAGAAUUAUAAGAUGGAGGUCAGUGAAUGAAUACUUUUAUUAUAGAAAAAUUUUUAAAAAUUAAGAAUGAAAUAAUGUAAAAUAAAGGAAAAAUGUCAUGAUUUAUCGAAAAAGUGCCAAAAAGAGGAAUUAAAAAAUACCAUGAAAUAAAGCAACGGUGAUAAAAGUUUUAUUGAAAAAAUUACUGAUAUAAAUUGUAAAGUGGAACAAAACAAGAAUAUAAUUAACAAUGAUAAAGAUCUCAUAAAGAGAUGAAAACAACUACAAUGAACAAAGUGUUUUUUUUUUAAAUAGAUAGGUGUCCUAUGGUCAUGUCCUUUAUAUAGUUGGUGUGUGAAAGUGUUCGUCGUUUGUGUUUUCCAUUUUUUCCUCUCACUCCUCUCUCCCUCCCUCCCUUCCUCCCGUCAACGAUGUGGUGGUUAUUCCUGUAGGAAUGUUUACGGUUUGUUUGAUUUCCUUUCUUUCUUCUUCGUUUUGAAUCUGUGACACUUGGAACCAAAUCAAACGACAACGUCUCUCCUUAAGAUCUCCGUAAUAACUCGAUGUCUGUCCCCAUCACUAAUUAUCGACAGUUUACAGUCUUUUAUCGUCAGUCAUUUGCUGGUGUCAUUGACCUGUCAUUUGCUGUCUCUUCGUAUUACUGUUAUCCGUCUCAUCGCUGAUGAUGUGAAUUGCCUUUUGCAUGAACUGUGAACUGUUUCUUCAUUUAGACACGACUUGAAGAAUACAUUUACAUAGGUUGUAUUUAGAGAGAUAUUUAUGUAAGAUGUCUUUCAACGGCAAAUGCAAUUGCGAAUUCUGUGGAAUAAAUUAUACAGCUGUAUGAAAUUGUAUUUUAGGUACCGAUACGUUUUCGUAGAAAGUACUCGGAGAAAGUAGGUAUGUUUUGUAUGCAUACAUCAUAUACUACUCAAGAAUUGUCAAUGGAGGGUGAGUCAUGUUGUUUAACAUCAUGUCAAAUUUAUCUAGGCUGAAACUUAACAGAACAAAUUGCAGUUGUGGCCACUAAGACGUUGGUUUUACAAAGGUGAGAGUGUUAUUCUCUCUCGUACAUUUCCCAGAAUGAUCUCAUACUAGCUUUCCCGUUGUAAAAGAAAAUAAAACUGGGAAGAAGUACUUGCAAAAACACUCCCCAUCCUACCACCUUUCUCAAAGGAAAUUUUUCCCAAGGAAGCGUUUUUCUCUGCCUGAACAACCUGGCAUUAAAAAAAAUACUUCUUCCGUUUCUCUUCCAGAAAAUUCGUACUGCAUUCAAAGAGGAAGUAAAAAAAUUUGGUGCAAUUCGUAUUCAGAUGCUUUCAGCCUCACUUCCAAAAACUACUUUCGGAAAAUGAGCUUUCGUGAGGAGCUGCUCUCUCGUAGUAUAAUCGAGGUCCUGUUGGGUCUUCAGAUGCCUGGCUAAUUUCUUAUAAGAAAUCCAUUGACUUCUUGUGGAAUUUUGGAGGAAUUCUGCGUCAUUUCUAGAAGACCUGAUUUGAUGUACAUUUCAAUUUAAAUGAUUAAAUUAACUUUUCUUUCAAUGUUGAUGAGGCUUUUAUGGAAUGCAAAAGAAAAUGAUUUAAAAUUGAUGUAAAUUUAAGAACCGGUUCAUGAAAAACAGGUAACUUCGAAUGUUCGACUAGGAACAGUUUUGCAAUGUAUUUCUGAAACUAUAUAAAAUACCAGACCGAAUAUAUAUGUGGUAAUUUUAUCUUUCAUGCCAGGCCGAUCUCCUAUUGCCAAAAUAUUUCAGCAAUUUCUAAUCCCAGUCGUAUCUUUCUCAUAAGAACAUUGGCUGAUUUUUUAGAGCACUUAAAACAUGUAUUGUUUUUCGAAUAGAGUCCUUUAGCAUCGUAGAAAACGAAAGAUUCCGUAGACAUCUGAGAAGUACGAAUGCCAUCAGCAAUGCAUAUAUGAGACUUAGGGCAGAAGCUAUUUCCUCAUCGAUAUUUUCGUAAUUUAUUUUUCCAUGUGUUCUCUGCGUCACUUAGGGUCAAGCAUUUAUUGAAUUAGCAGAGUCUAGCUUUAGGAUUAAGGAUUUGACAACGCCUAAUACUAAUGGUAAUGUUAAUAAUGAUGAUAAUUAUAUUAAUGGUAAUAACGUUGAUGAAAAUGUGGUCACUUGGUCUCGUAAAGAUAAGACAAAACUUCAAACUUUUCGUUUUCGUGGCUUUGUUUCAUUUUCGAAAUGGUUCACUUCCUUCGAACGUAAACUAAAGUAUUUUUUUCUCAGUCUGAUCGUUCGUUUUUCAGAGUCGAAAUUUCGUCCAGUGGAUGUCGUCGUUCGUUCGUUCUUCGUUCGUUCGUUCAUGCCUUGAGAAUAGAGUCACGUACACUUCUGUGCACGAGUCACUUCGAAACUUUUCCUUAUUAUUCUUUUAUUCAAUGCAGUUUCCCCUAAACACUCCUCUUUAUUCUAAAGCACCUCUGCUUCCUAGAAAUGCACUUUUCCUCCUUUUCCUCCCAUGUGUCUCGUUUCGUCCCCCCUGUCCUCAGCCCUCUCGAAUGUCCUCGUUUUUGCGCACCCAUUUAGACGCGUUAUCUCCCAGGUUCCUCACAUGUCUAUGUCUGCCGCUGCGAACCAGUUCAACAUGGCUCAGGUGGUUCGAAGCGUUGGUAGACAUAGCAGACCCUUCUCCUCCUCCUCCAACCCUCCCUCACCCUCUUUAUUUAUUCAUUCAUUUGUUUAUUUAUCUAUUUAUUUACGUUGUUCCUCCUUGCUGAUGUUGUUGUUAUUCCUCCCACGUCCUAGCUGCUGCUGCUGCUGCUGCUGUUGUUGGCUCUGCUACUACUGUUGUUGUUGUUGCUGUUGUUAAUGUAUUCCAGAGAAAAUUUAUAGAUGGAGAAAAAUGUAUAAAUUGAUGAUUAUGAUCGUCGUCGUCGUCGUCAUGACGAUGACCGACCCGUCACCGGAAUCCUUGAUGAAUACAUUGGCAGGCGCACUGUCGUCACGCAGUCUCUCGAGAAAUCAAUAUAUACAUAUAAAUACCUAUACUGAAUAAUAUAUAACAUAUAGAGAGUGGAUAUAUUCGUCUAUUAUUCAAACAGGAAAUCGUGUAUAAUAAACUUGGCCUUCUAUAUUUGUAAUGUUUUUUGUCCCUGUCUGUUUAUAUGAAAUAUAAAUAUUUAAAAAAAAGAUAAAAAUAAAAAAAAUAGUAUGGUGUCGACAACUGCUGCUCCUCCACUCUCGAAACGGGCGUGUAAACUUUGUAACUUUAUAUUUUUUAUUAUUAUUAUCAAUGCUUUUCACGAGAUUUCAUUCAAAGUACAAACCCAAAGAAAUGAGCGACGGUUGAGACCUGAGGUAGAUUUUAUGUAUAUAGUAAAUGCUUUUGAGUACAGAAGGAUGAAGAGGAAACGUUUCAUACGUCAGUAUGGAACCGGCUGGUAGAUGAGAAUUUAUCUAGUUAGGAUAUAUGGUUCAGAAGAGUUUCAAAAAAGAGUUUUCGCCAAAUCUUAAGUUAUCUCUACAAUAUAAACAUAAAGUUGCCUCUUUUGAAAUUGCACCCUUUCCUGACAGCUUGAUGAUAACGUAUACAAAUUCUUCCCCUCUGAGAAUUCAGAUCUGAUGAUGAUAACUGAUGAUAGCUUACAAAUUCACCACUGUAAAGAAUUCACAUCUGAUGAUGAUUACAUAUAUAAAUUCAUCCUUAUAAAACUCCAAAGAUCACCCCCAUGCCACCAGCUAUACAAAACUAUCUCUUAUGAUCAGGUGAUCACCUACUAUGAUCAUUAUACUAUGAUAAACGACAUGUACAAACACCCCCCCCCUCCCCCACCACACCUCCUGAAGACAUCCUAAUUAUGAAUAUACAAAACUCACUCCUAUCCCCCCUCCAUACACUCCCCCCCCCCCCCCCCCACUUCCUUUUUCGUGUUUACACGUUUCGUUUCGAAGGACUGAAACUUGACGUCCAGUUGUGAGACUGAUGUAACCGUUGUGAAUUAGAAAUAUAUUUUAGUGGAGUC